AUGGCUCCUGGCUCCACCCGUAAGCUGUGUCCUAGUUGUAAAACAUCAAUAGGAGUAGCGUCAAAGAAAUGCAAGUUCUGUGGUGCAAAAAUACAGCUAAAGGUAAAGUUAGAGGCCCAAAAAAUGAAGGCAACAGAUGAAUGGGCAAAUAAGACCAUGAAACAUGGAAGAUAUACAACCUUGAUUAAUGCAGCAAACAAGCUGGUAAGUUUUAUGUUUCCCUCUAAAAAUAUUUCUGCAUUUCUAGCGUAGGGAAAUGAUAGACCCAAUGCACUUAUUUGUUGUUGUCUCAUUGUGUCAUUUAAGACUGUAAAUGUACAUUUUUGACUGUUAUUUUUUGUUUAUGGAAGUUAUUUUGUCAUUAAUGAUUCCAGGUACAUAGGUUCCACAAGAUUGGAGUGUACCCCCUGCUACUCCUCAGCAAAAGGAAGAAGGAUAACAUUUGGUCGUCGACUGCACUGUGUCCUCACAGUGGUAUGAUGAAUCAGACCUCAAUGGCAGCAAUCCAAAGGUUCUAUGAGGUAAUUGUGAAAGGUAUUUGUACAGAAAUGUUUGUCUACCUAAAGACCUUAUCCUUCAACCACCACAUCUGUCAGACUGUGAAACUUUUUUUCCACUUACGCAAUAUCGCCAGUCAGCCCCUCCCUCUUCUGCCACUCUCAUCCAUGCAUUCAUCUUCUCCCGAAUAGACUAUUGCAACUCACUACUCCCCAGCAUCAACACAAGCUCCCUCCAUAAGCUCCAAAUUGUUCAAAACUCAGCAGCCCGUCUUCUAACCCACACUUUAUCCUGGCAGCACAUCACCCCCAUCCUCCGUGAAUUCCACUGGCUCCCUGUCUCCCACCGCAUGAAUUACAAGAUCCUCCUGACCUAAAAAGCUCUCCCCCACCUUGCUCCCCCUUACCUCUCCUUCUUCUCCCCUGCCAACCCUCAUGCUCUCUCCGCUCAACCUCAGCUGGCCACCUUGUCAUCGCCAGGUCCAAUCUUCAGAGUUUCAGUGACGGCCUUCUCCAGGGUUGCUCCUAGGUGCUGGAACUCCCUCCCUCCAGCCAUCCGUGACUCGGAGUCCAUCAUCAUCUUUCAGUCCCGCCUAAAAACCCACCUCUUCACCAUGGCCUGCCCUUACCUCCCCCCUCCACCAUUCUCACACACACCUCUUCUGUCUCACACACUCGCACACAUACGUGCAACACCUGCUCACUCACUCACAUACUCACACUUCACACCCUAUCCCUUCAUUUAGCCCUUACCUCUUUAUCCCCGUUUUAUACCUGGUUUUAACAUGCAUUAUUUGUCCGGAUUGUGCCCACAUUUUCAGACAGGUGUAGACGAUUAAAAGAAGCAUUGUGAUCGGAUUGUGAUCAGAUCUUCCUGACCAUGUCUGGAGAUGACAGUGACACCAUUUUAAAUCAUCCUGCCUUCUAAAAUCAUUGACUUAUGGAAUAUGUGUCUUAAAAUAAAUAAGUAUUAUUUUGAAAGAAUAGCAGUCAAAUAAUUUGCAUUCAGGGAGGGACCAGGAAAUCUGUUCACAAUGCGGACACAGUGGAUGGAUAAGACCAUGUGUAGCCGCAUUUCUGAAAAUGUGAGCACAAUCACUAUGUGGACAAGAUCAGGACAUGUUAGCGGCAGGUAUAAACAAGUCUUUUGUUUAAUGUUUUUCUUCCUUUUUUUAGUCUGGUGUUUAGUUAAUUGUUGAUUGUUUAUUUCUACAAUUGUAAAGCUAUGUACGUUUCAUGCAUUAUUGUUAUUAUUUAAGUAGAAGAUUUAGUUCAGGCAAGCAACAUUUCAACACAUUCUUUUCACAUAUCCUGUGUAGAAGUUAAUCUAUAAACUGGGUGGUUCCAGCCCUGAAUGCUGAUUGGCUGAAAGUCGUGGUAUAUCAAUCCAUAUACCACGGGUAUGACAAAACAUUUAUUUUUACUGCUCUAAUUAUGUUGGUAACCAGUUUAUAAUAGCAAUAAGGGACCUCAGGGGUUUGUGGUAUAUGGCCAAUAUACCACGGCUAAGUGCUGUUUCCAGGCACUCCGCAUUGCGUCAAGCGUAAGAACAGCCCUUAGCCAUGGUAUAUUGGCCAUAUACCACACCUCCUCAGGCCUUAUUGCUUAAGUAUACAUGCUCACCUCUGCCAAUUGGAAAAUGUGGUCCACUUGUCUGUCCCAUUUCCUUAAUUUAUUCUAUUUCGCAGAGGCAAUCAACACCCAUGCCCUCACACCACAACCCUCCAACCCUCCUCCUGUUGCUGCCCAAGAACUGUCUGAUACAGUUGCACCCCAGGAGACCGAUUUCAUCCUCACCCAGGUUGAACCCCCAAUAUCCCCCACCACCCAGGAGACCAGCUACACUAUCCUCAACCAGGUUGAACCCCCAAUAAUUCCCACCGCCCAGGAGACCAGCUACCCCCAAACCGAACCAAAGAAGACGGGGAGAAAGUCCUGUCACUCUCAAAAAAACCUCCAAACCGCUGAGCAGGACACAGUCAACCCCAUCCAACUCCGACCAAGGAAGAGGAAAUAUGACUACAUGCAAAAAGGUAAAUCAAUAUCUAACUUAUGUUGUUUAUUCAUCAAUCUUAAUGACGUCAAUAACUUCAAUUAUGAUUUUAAUAAAUGAAUAAAAAAAUGCCAGUGGUUGAUGGUCUCCUACUUUGCAGGAGGCAGGCAUACGCUCCUAGAAAAAAGGGUUCUUCAGUUGUCCCCUUAGGAGAACCCUUUUUGGUUCUAGGUAGAACCCUUUUUGGUUCCAGGUAGAACCAUGGAACGAAAAGGGUUCUACCUGGAACCAAAACGGGUUAUUCAAAGGGUUCUCUAAUGGGGACAGCCAAAGAACCAUUUAAGAGUAGUCUAAGGCUAGGCAUAAAUCACAGGAGGUUGGUGGCACCUUAAUUGGGGAGGACGGGCUUGUGGUAACGGCUUGAGCGGAAUGAGUUGAAUGGUAUCAAAUACACCAAACACAUGGUUUCCAUUUGUUUGAUGCCAAUCCAUUUGCUCCAUUCCAGCCAUUAUCUUGAGCCGUCCUCCCAUCAGCAGCCUCCAUUGGCAUAGAUGUAAAGUUAAUACUGCAAAUGACUGGCAUGCUAACUUGAUUAAUGUUCUGAUCGGUGGUGAUUUUAAGUAAAUACAUGUAUUUAUUGUUUCAGAGUGUCCAGUGCAUCCUGGGCAAACGAUUUUCCCUAUUCUAGAAAUCCUUGCCAAUAGAACUUCAAAGGAGGUAAGUAAUCUGCAGUACAUUGAAAUUCCUGUGACUGUAUUUACAGGCUAAUCCUAGUGCAACACCAAUUCUAGUUAACUUGCAGUACAUAGACCUUGUAGUUAGUGGCAAUAUGUAACUUUUUGGGUGACCCCGACCAAAUUCACAUAGAAAUAUGAGUUAUAGAUAUCAUUAUACUUGAAAGCAAGUCUAUGAAGCGGUAGAUAUGUUCUAUGUGUGCUAUUUCUAUGCCUCCCGUUCUUAAGUUUUGUUUUUGAGUCUUUUAUUUUGGUUUUGUACACCAGCUUCAAACAGCUGAAACAACAAUAUUUUUGGUUAUUGAAAAUAUAUUUCACAGCGGUGUAGAUGGUAUAAUUAUUCUCUACAUUAUACUUAAACACAAACUGAAAUUAGGCAAACUAUUAAUGUUUUAGCAACCAUGAAAUGGUAAUGAUUUCUGCAUAGUGUGACAUUAAAAUAAAAAAUACAUUUCUAUUUCUAUUUGUUGCAUAAGGGUCAGGAGCAGAAAGUGAGGUGGAAGCCAUGCUCUGGAUGGUAUGUUUACUUCAACUAAUCUCCUAGAAUGAAGUGAGGAUACACUCAACACCAUAUGUAUUUGGACAGUGAAGCUAAGAUGUAAAAUUUGACUCUGAACUCCAGCAUUUUGGAUUUGAGAUCAAAUGUUUCAUAUGAGACGAUAGUACAGAAUGUCACCUUUUUACAAUUUAGAAAUGAAAGCCCUUUAUGUAUAUAGGCCCCCCAUUUUUGAAGAAGCCAUAAGUAUUUAGACAAAUUCACUUAUAGUGUAAUAAGGUUAUAGUACCUGAAACCUUUGAUUUAAAAUAUUAAAUUCUGGAGUCUAGAUCCAAAUUUCACAUUUUAGCUUCACUGUCCAAAUACAUAUGGUUUUGGCUGUACCUUGGUAUUGGAUCUAACAUUACAGUGCCUUCCAAAAAUAUUCAUACCCCUUGGACUUUUUCACAUUUUAUUGUGUUACAAAGUGGGAUUUAAAUGGAUUUCAUAGUAAUUUUCUGUCAACAAUGGACACUAAAUAACUAAAAUAUAGUUGUUGCUAAAGUAUUCACCCCGAGUAAAUACAUUUUAGAAACGCCUUUGGCAGCGAGUACAGCUGAGUCUUCUUGGGUAAGUCUCUAAGAGCUUUACACACCAGGAUUGUGCAAUAUUAGCCCAUUAUUCUUUUCAUAAUUCUCCAAGCUCUGUCAAUAUGUUGGGGAUCAUGAUGGGGCGGCAGGUAGCUUAGUGGUUAAGAGCAUUGUGCCAGUAACCGAAAGGUCGCUGGUUCUAAUCCCCGAGCCAACUAGGUGAAAAAUCUGUCGAUGUGCCCUUGAGCAAGGCACUUAACCCUAAUUGCUCCUGUAAGUCGCUCUGGAUAAGAGCGUCUGCUAAAUGACUAAAAUGUAAAAUGUAAAUGUAGACAGAAAUUCUCAAGUCUUGCAAUAGAUUUUCAAUUAGAUUUAAGUCCAAACUUUAACUUGGCCACUCAGGAACAUUCACUGUCUUCUUGGUAAGCAACUCCAGUGUAGAUGUGUUAUUUAUUUAGUUAUUGUCCUGCAAGAAGGGGAAUUCCUCUCCCAGUGUCUGGUGUAAAGCAGACUAAAUCAGGUUUUCCUCUUUGAUUUUGCCUGUGCUUAGGUCCAUCCCGUUUCUUUUCAUCCUGAAAAACUCCCCAGUCUUUGCUGAUGUUAAGCAUACCCAUACCAUGAUGCAGCCACCACCAUGCUUGAAAAUAAGGAGGCAGUUACUCAGUGAUGUGUUGUUUGGAUUAAUCCCAAACAUAAGGCUUUGCAUUUAGGCCAAAAAGUGUAUUCCUUUGCUGUGCUCUUUUGCAGUAUUAGUUUAGUGCCUUGUUGCAUGUUUUGGUUUAUUUUUAUUCUUAAUAUUUUUAUUUUCACUGUAAUUUUAAGUCAUUAUUGUGGAGUCACUACAAUGUUGUCCCAUCCUCAGUUUUCUACACUGACAGCCAUUGAACGGUGUAACUGUUUUAAAAUCACCAAUGGCCUCAUGGUAACAUCCCUGAGCAGUUUCAUUCCGGUCUUGCAGCUCAGAAGGACGACUGUAUCUUUGUGUCUGGGUGGUUUAAUACAUAAUCCACAGCAUAAUUAUUAACUUGACUAUGCUUAAAGAGAUAUUCAAUGUCUGAUUUGUUAUUGUUACCCAUCUACCAAUCACUGCCCUUCUUUAUGAUGCUUUCCAAAAGCUCCCUGGUCUUUAUAGUUUUAUCUGAGCUUGAAAUUCAAUACUUGACUGAGGGACCUUUACAUUUUAGCUUCACUGUCUAAAUCCAUAUGGUGUUGAGUGUACAGUAUAUCCUGACUUCAUUCUAGGAGAUUAGUUGAAGUAAACAUACCAUCCAGAGCAUGGCUUCCACCUCACUUUCUGCUCCUGACCCCCAACAAAUAGAAAUGUAUGGGGGACAGAGGAAUGUCAACCCCUAUUAUUUUACAGAGUGAGUCCAUGUAACUUAUGUGAUUUGUUAAACCAAAUUUAACUUGUGAACUAAUUUAGGCAUAUCUAAACAAAGGGGCUGAAUACUUAUGCAACGACUAUAUUUUAGUUAUGAUUUUUUAUUAAUCUUAAUCAAAAUGCUUGAAUGGUUCAGUAAUUACUAUUAUUGUUGGUAGGUUAUUAUAUGCUGGUUUAUAUUCCACUUUGACAUUAGAGUACACUAUUUUGUGUAAAUUGUUGACAAAAAAUUGCAAUUAAAUCCAUUUUAAUUCAACUUUGUAACACAAUAAAAUGUGAAGAAAUCCAAAGGGUAUGAAUAAUUUUGCAAGGCACUGUAUGUAGUUAAAAAUAUAUAUUUGAGAGAAGGCGGCGCUCUGCCAACGUGAGACAAGGUACAACCAAAAAUCAUAAAACCCUUUGAAAGGAAUAGGUGCAACCCUUGCUCACGAUUUAAAUAUUGAAUGAUUUAUUUGCUACUUCUGCUUAAAAACAUGACAUUCCUUUUUAUGUUUUCUUUCUUGUCUUACAGUGGCAAGAAAUGGGAUGAUGACUGGAUCAAGGCCGUAGACUGGGUUUCUCCUGUUUAACCUCUACUUUAGGCACAAAUGGAUUGCUCACCCUCCCUUCACAUUUAUCACUGUCAAUGGUAGGCCAAGUUCUUCAUGAUUUAACGGUGAAACGUUCAAGGAGCAUCUGCAUGCCAACCAUUUGAUCUCAAUCAGUUUCAUGAUAAUAUGCAAUAUGAA